CUUUCCAACUGAAAUGUGGACGCCAGGCAAUGGGGACAGUUUCGAAAAUAUGGAUUACAGCAAGAACGUAGUGACCAUUAUGCCGAGCGUGGAAAUGCUGGUCUGCUUCUCACAUGACAUGAUGCGCGCCAAAAAGGCUUGUCUACUGUACGCUGAAAAAAUUGACUUCAAGGAGAUGAUGCAACUCCGUUUAGCCGAGAAAACUGAUCAGCGUCACAUGUAUAUUACGACUGUGGACAGUACAUCCUUUCACGAGCUGAAGCAGGAUCAAUCCCUGAAUGUGACCUUCGCCGGGUUCAUGGACAAUGUGGUGCGCAUGCUUAAAGACUGCCAGUUGGGUAAAUUGGAGCUGCACCUGGCCUCUCGGGAUCCAAACGGAUCCGACUUCCAGCUGCAGUUUGUGGAAAUAAGAUCGUUUAAGAACCUCAUACACCUGUGUUUGCCCUGCCGAUCUGCACCCUUAAACACGGUCCUUUACUACAUAAAUAUCAUGCUAGAUGCCUCCCACAAGAAAUGCUUUUUGCUGGAGCAGAGCGUUCAGCAGGCACAGCUAGAAUUAAAUUCCCAGCAGGCGCACAUGGACAGAGUGGGGGCGGAAAACAAAAAACUAAGAGAGGCAUUGGCUGAGAAUACGCACAGACUGGAGGAGAAACACGCUGCUGAGCUGCUCCAAAUGCAGGAGAAAGUGGCCAAGGUGAACGAGCAGCGCAGCAACGAGCUGGAACGCAAUCGCAGAUCGAUCUCCAGCAUCCAGACACAGUUGGAGAAGGCAAUCGCUGAUAGAUGCGACACACAGAUAGCCCUAGAACAGGCCGACAAGCGCAACAAAGCAUUAAGUGAUGAGCUAUCCAGCUGCAAGUCCCGCUUGUGCAGCCUAAAAGAGCAAAACGAUAAGCUCCAUGCCGAAACAAUCAGUGCCAAGAAGCACGAGCGCAAAUUGGAGUACAAAAUCGAAGACCUCAAGCAGCACACCGUUGAACUGCAGGAACACAUUCAGCAGGGAAAUAAGGAAAAGGCCAACAUUGCCGCUGAGCUGGAAGCGGAGAAGAAGAUUUUGCACACCAAGCGGCAAGCGCUGGAAAUAGCAUCCGAGGAGAUUGCCAAGGCCAAUCAGAUAAUCCUUAAGCAAAACCAGGAGAUCCUUGGCCACAAAAAAACCAUAGGCUGGCGCACAGAGGUGGCUCUCCAGCAGGAAAAGGCCAUUAAGGAAAAGGAAACAUUGUUGUCUCUACGAGAGAAUGAGAUUCGGCAAGCGCGUGCAACAAUCAAAGAGCUACGCGAGGAAAUCCCACAGCAACUGCAAUCCAUGCGACAGUUUGCCAACACCCUGGAGAAAAAGUACUCAAAACAGAUACUCACACUGAAGGAACGUUUAUCAUCAACGUGUAGCGGAAAGGAGAACCGCCGCUAGGAAUCAUUAAUAUGCUUAGCGUUACUUAUCGUUAAUUUAUUCUCAUUCUUGAUAGGUUUUUAAUAAAAUUUAGUUGUAUUGUU